UGAUGGGAAAACCCGCUGUUGAAGGAUGCUUGAUUGUGCUGGGUAUUCCGGUCACUAAACUCGACAUUCCAUCAAGUUGGGUCUACAUUCUCUCCUUGUCAGGCCCCGGCUGGGCUUGAAUCCCAGUCCGUCACUAUGCCUCAGGGCUUUACGAGACGAGCAAUUGGCGGAUUGCUGGCAGCCACCAUUCUCCUGAUAGUAUGGCGCAUUUCCUACUACGAACCGUCGACGCUCCCUGGCCAUAGUCCUCAGGGCAAUAACAAUGUUGCCAAGACUAGUGCCACUUCACGAAAAGUCGGCAAAGUGUCGAUGUUAUACGGUUAUCCCAAUCCUUACUACAAGCAAGCCCUUGAGAGUCACAAACGACAUGCGGAUCGAUGGGGUUACCCAAUGCAUAUAUUGCAAGAGGAUAUCUCGGAAGGCUUCUGGAACAAGCCGAGCUACGUGCUGUCACUCGUCAUUCAAGAGCUUGCAAAGCCAGCCGCUGAACGACUAGAAUGGUUAAUGUGGGUUGAUGCUGAUUCGAUCAUCAUCAAUCCUGCAAUUCCUGCCGAUAUUUUCCUCCCACCCCGCGACCUGUCGGAAAUCCACUUCGUCGCGUCCAAGGACCAGAACGGGCUCAACACGGGAAUAGUCUUCUUUCACGUCCACCAGUGGACGAUCAGCAUGUUGAUAGAGGCGCUUGCACACCCUCUUUACUUACCAGCGAUCGAUCUGGGUGUUUCCGCCGACCAAGAAGCAAUGGCUCGUAUCAUGAAGAAAACGACAGAUGGCCCCGAUGGCCAAGGAUACGCACAAGGUAUGGCCUAUCUCCCACGACCCUGGAUUAACACCUAUGAGUGGCAUCACGCCUACGAGGGAAAGAAGGGAGACAUGCUGGUGCAUUUUCCUGGGCUUGAGGAUGAUCGAUGGCCUCACAUGGAAAAGUGGCUCGGGGUUGUGGAAGACACUCCACUUGAAUGGGAAGUACCGUUGAAGGAUACUGAAUACCCCCGAUUGACUAAGGAUUUCUGGGACAAGUUCCGCACUGCGAGGAAUCUUGCAAAUCAAGUCGAGAGAGAUAUAUACAACGCACCGGCCGGCUCCCUAACCCAUGCCCGACAGGAAGCUGUUGCACAACUCCGAAUCGCUCUACAACAACAUGCCGACGAGGCCGAAUUUCUCCAGCAAUGUGUAGAUGAUCUACAUGCGGCGAUCAAGAAGGAGACGUCUGCCUAAGUCAUAAAAUACAUAUACCUGCUAAAUAACGCCGAUAGGAUUUCUUGGUCGGCCGGUUUUCAUACCCGAGGACAUUAUAAAGCAUAAUAUUUGAUAGUUCGGCGCUAAAAAGGGAAUAAUAUUGAUCAUCAAGAAUGUAUAUAUGGACAUUUUGAUUUAUAUUGGUACGCGAUGGAGGCAAGUGGGAU